GCUGUCCUUCCCCUUCCCCCAGUCCCCCCAACUUAUUCAACACACUGCUGUUCGGUGUUCUAGUCGUUCCCUGUAAUUGCUGAUGAUAAUGUGUCUUGUGUAAUAGGUGAUGGCAAGUGUUGCUGCAGCGACUGUCAGGGCCGUUAAGGGAAGGCGCCUCAUCCCUACCAGAGCUGCCCUUGUUCUUACCCAGAGUGCUGUUGUCAAAGUAAAGGAACUUCUUGCCAGGAAUCCUGAAGCUAUUGGCUUGAAGGUUGGUGUGCGUCAGCGGGGAUGCAAUGGGCUAAGUUAUACCCUUGAUUAUGCAACAGAGAAGGGAAAGUUUGAUGAGGAGGUAGUACAGGAUGGGGUGAAGGUCAUUAUUGAUAAAAAAGCACAACUAACCCUCCUGGGCACCGAGAUGGACUAUGUCACUGAGAAACUUUCCUCCGAGUUUGUGUUCAACAACCCAAACAUCAAGGGGACAUGUGGCUGUGGUGAAAGCUUCUCUAUAUAGCAGCCAAGUUAGCUCAUAACAAAUAUAUGAAGGAAUUGCAGGAUUGGUAUGUGAUAAAAAAGUUUAUGGUUUCAAAGCAUUAUUUAUUUUCCUUUUAUCCUUUAAUAAAUAUUGAAGUAGUGUUAGUACAAUGCCAAGAGAUUUGUCUACCUAACAUAGCAUUUGUAUAGUUAUAAGAUGUAGGGGCAGAUUUAUUGAUCCCUUUCUCUGUUGUGUGCUAUUCAGGUUACAUACUCAUUAUAACAAUUACCAAGCUGGUGUACUCAUAGUUCUACAUUAAAUAUGUAGUAUUGUAUAGGAUUUGUAUUAAAAAACAAUAUUAUGGAAUUGUGAUCAUGUGUAUAGAUUUGGAGCUGGGAUGUAGGAACUGCCAUCUGUCAGAACUAAUGCUCAGGAUGUCUGUAGGACUGGUGGAACACCCAUGUUAAAAUAAAGAGCAAGUAUAGUAUAUAUUUUUAUUAUACAGGUGGCUAUUUCAAUGUUCUAAUCGAGUUCAAUGCAAAAGUAAUGUUAUAUGAGGCAUCUUGCAUUACAUCAAAAGUGAAAACCUGUACAGUGUUUAGUAUACAGUUCUUGUCAAAUGAAUAUGCCACCCUCAUGAAAGUGGCAUACUCUUAUGAUGACAAUAAAAGAAUCACCCUCAAGUAUAGCAUGAAUUCAGCAAGACAAAAGAGUAUGCCUCUGGGAGUGGGUAAAGCUUAGUUUGGAGUCCCUGCACACAAUUUCUGUCUCCUUAGUUGUGCAUGUGGCACAGUGUGAAGUGGAUUUUACAAUGAUUCUUCCUGACAUAUGCAUUUUCACCCACCUGCCUCUGCAUUUCUUCACCCUGUGACCCUAACAUUGGUAAUAAGAAGCAUUUUAUGCGAGAAACUAUUGGCCAGAUCAUUGGAUUGAAGAAAGCAGGCCACCAAACUAAAGAAAUUUCAUUGUUAGUUGGUAUCAAUGUUCAAUCAGUGUGCAACUGGGUAGCCAAGUUUAGGGAGGAGGCUUGUGGCAAUACCCCCACACACAAAGUGUUUUUUUUUUUUUUUUUUUACUGUCACAUGUGGGUUACAUUUUAUUUGUCUUUUUAGAAUGUUCUCAGCCCUGAGUGAUGUUUUCUUGGGCCUAUGACCAUGCUUUUUGUGUGUGGGGGUAUUACCACAAGUCUCCCUAAACUUGGCUACCCAGUUGCACACUGAUUGAACACUGACACCAACUAACAGUGAAACUUCUUUAGUUUGGUGGCCUGCUUUCUUCAAUCCAAUGAUCUGGCCAAUAGUUUCUUGCAUAAAAUGCUUCUUAUUACCAAUGUUAGGGUCACAGGGUGCAGAAAUGCAGCGUAUGUCAGGAAGAAUUAUUGUAAAAUCUCCACUUCACACUGUGCCACAUGCACAACUGAGGAGACAGAAAUUGUGUUUAGGGACUCCAGACUAAGCUCCACCCUCUCCCAGAGGAAUUGGGCGGAUGUCCACACGUAGGUUUGAAUCCCACUAAGUACAGCCUUGAAACCUUGCCAUUUGUCGAGUGGUUUAAAGUUAUCUACAUGUCACCAUGACACCCAGGUUCUAGAUGGUUACACCAAAGAUGCUCUUGGGUGGUGAUAUGGGUACCAUUAUAAAUAAAAUUGCCUGUGGAAGCUUAACAACACUUCCAUUACUCUUCAAGUUACCUACAGGUGCUAUAGGCCAGGACAUUAAAAAAAGAAAAAUAAAUAAGAAAUAAAUUCAUGCUAUACUUGAGGAUGAUUCUUUUAUUGUCAUAAAAGUAUGCCGCUUUAAUGAGGAUGGCAUACUCUUACGAUGAGCACUGAAUAUAUAUAUAUAUAUAUAUAUAUAUAUAUAUAUAUAUAUAUAUAUAUAUAUAUAUAUAUAUAUAUAUAUAUAUAAAUACACACACUUCUAAGGAAAGUGUUUAGUACAUGUAUAUAUAAUUUAGUUUCUAGCUGUGUUACAGCCUUCAAAAGUAAAUAUAUAUAUAUAUAUAUAUAUAUAUAUAUAUAUAUAUAUAUAUAUAUAUAUAUAU